GAAAUCAAAUAAGAAUUUUGUCCAUUUUGUAAAUUUCUGUUAAAAAGCUUAAGAAAUAGCUGAAAUUGAAAAUAUUGCUUCACAUAAAAUGAAGCUGGAGGAACUGUUGACAAAAGGAUCAUCAUCGCCACAUGAGGACGACGACGACGACGAUGAAAAGGUCGAGGUGAACACAAAAACUACAAACGCGGGGGUGGGAAAUUCUGAAGAUGCUCCGGAUGCUGAAAAAGAAAGCGCAUCAGGAAAGAAAAAGGGCACACGCAAGAAGCGCUCCCUUAAUUGGGAGGAGGCUGAACGUGGACUACUUUUGGAGGUAAUCAAGUCGAAGGUGGCGUUUGUAGAAAACAGAAGCGUCGAUGCGAAAAGCAUAAAGGCAAAGCGUCUGGCCUGGUCCCAAAUCACUAAACAGUUUAAUGCGCUAAACUUCCGACAUCGCAUGCUUGAGCAAAUUCAAGUACAAUGGCGCAGCAUGAAGAAUUCGGCAAAACGCGAGCAUCAGCAAAAGCACCCAAAGUCCGAUGCACUGGAAGGCAUGCGUAUGAUCGAAUUUAUGGAGGAGCUGCAAAAGGAUCCGGUAACCUCACGCAGUCAAACACGGAGCAACACCAAUGUGAACACAAAUGGCGGAGGCGCCAGCUCCCUGAAGAAAGAAGUGCUCGAAAUGGACGAAGAUGAGGACAUGCCACUGGCAGCCUUGCCCAACUCCACCAAUGCGAGUGAGGACACGCUGCAGACGUCCACCAUAGCCAUACCAUCGCCGCCCCCAUCAACCGCUGGCGGAGAUGGAGAUUCGCAGCAGGAAAGUGCACAACAGCCGGCGCCCGCACGACGCAAACGUGCUAAGCCCACAACAAGCAGCAAGAAUGUAGCAUCAGAGUCCACAGAGAACGGCAAAAAUGCGCCAGUUCGCAAACGACGCCAGCGUAAUCACUCCCAGGCGCAUUCUAUACUAUCCGACGAUUUUAACAACGACGCGCCCGCGAAUUUGAAUGUAAAUGCUGCCGGAACCAACCCAAUGCAGCAGUUUUCGCUAGCCGCAGCCAACGUACAAGCUGGCGCCAGCCACGAUACAAUAGAAAUGGAGCAAAAAUUCAAGCAAGAGCUUUUCAAACUGCUGAAACAAGCACGCUUGGCAGAAAUCGACUAUGCCCGACGCGAGCACGAGCAGAAGCUGCGCUUCGAUCAAAUGGAGCAGGAACUCAAGAUGAGCUACUAUCGGCAAGAGCAAGACCUCAAGCUACGAAAUAUGCGGGAGGAGCACGAUAUGCGGCUGCGUCAACAGCGGCGCGAGCACGAGGCACGUUUAAGUGUCUACAAUCAAAGCAGUGCGUUGAAUGGCGAAGGGGUUGGCGGUAACGGGGGUGGUGGUGGUGGUGGCAGCAGUAACAGCAAUGUACCACAAGAGUCUGUGGAGCAGACAAAUCCCGUGGUACGCUGCAAUGCAAAAACAGAUUACAAUAAUGUGGAUAACACCGCAGCUCAAGCAUCGACUAGCACGGAAGCAGCUCUCUCGCUCAGCACGAAUGCCCUGACCUAUAAUUAAUGCCGAUGGACUAAGAGACGCGUUGCAUGAAUAACAAUACGAAUUGCCA